AUGAGGGGAUCACUUAUAUAUGUAGAGUUGGUGUUUUUCAUUUCAGGACAGUGUGUGAAUCACAUAACCCUGUCGACCUGUAAUUUGCUCCAUAUACAAGCAUUUCGCUACAUUCGCAAUAACAUCUGCUAAAAAUGUGUAUGUGACCAAUAACAUUUGAUUUGAUUUGAUGUCCCUAUUUCUCAGAUCUGAAAUGCGUUUAAAGGAUAGACACGUCAGAGAAAUGGAGGAGAGGUUCUGUUUUUUAGUCACCUCUGACCAAAAAGCGAAACAUAUUUAUGAACACGGACUGAAGGUUGAGAACACGGACCAACACGCUCUGGGAAACGCGUCAUAUGGAGUCUAUUUGCACAGGCAUGCUGAUGUGGCCCUGAAAAAUAUCAGCGGCAACACACCUGCUGGAAAAAUCCUCAUAAUUUUCAAGGUUAGAUGAAAAUAGUUGUCAAAAUGAUAAUUGUUGUUAUUUCUAUUCAUUAAGGAAGUAAAACAUACUUUUCUCCUUUUUUUGUUCUCCAUAGGUUCUCUUUGGCAAGGUGAAAAAAGUAACUCCAUGUUACGGAAGGAACAGCACACAUGAUCCAACGGUGAAUUACGAUUGUCACGUGUCCAAAGACCCCGCUGUCCCUCGGGACACCUUGUCUCAGCAAGUUUUGAGCUCGUCUGUAAGUUAGCACCUUUAGUGGCCUGGUUGGCUGGUCUAGUGUUAAAGCUGCAGCCUCUAGCACACGUCUAUGGUGUCAGCAUUGGUUAAAAUCCCGCUUGCUGCCUUUUGACACAACCUCUCUAUCUUUCUGCACUGACAUUCUCUAUCUUUUAUAUAAUAUACACUAUAUAUACAAAAGUAUGUGGACACCGCUUCAAAUUAG